AUGGACCUAUACAGGAUUCCGACAGACAGGAAGUCCCUGUUUCGCGGAGAUAGCUUCCACCCUACACCACUGAAAAAGAGCCUCCCUAUCAGCCAAUACAGUCGCAAACGCAGGAUCUGUAGUACACAGAGUGACUAUGACAAACAAACGCACGUCUGGAUGAGCGCUUCAGACAGAGGAAUGGCUGCAUGACGCACAGGACCGUUACUAUGACCCAGGAUGACAGCCUCACUCCCAAACCACCCCGCCUCCCUUACCAACUAGUCAAAUGCUUCCUUCAAUACUCCCCACUUGGCAAACAGUAUGACCAUAUCAUUAAAAAAACACUGUCACAUCUUGAGCACUGACCCACAACUGGAAAAUACUCCGCGGGUAGUCUUCAGACGCGCCCCCAACAUCAGUCAAAUGGUGGUGAGGUCUGAUCUUCCACCCGUGCCACGUAGCACCUUCCUAGACAAUGUGCUGGACAGCAAAUAUAGAUGUGGCUGA